UAGUGAGUUUGAGCACUAGAGCUGAUGGCGGAGGGAAUGCAUAGCUGCUGGGGUGGUGUGAGGUCUGGUCUCCCCCCUCCCAGGGUGCCGCUGUGAAAGUGUCCCCGCUUGGGAAGGUGAUGCUGCUUGUCUGAGUUAGACCUGCCUCCGCAUAGGAGCCGUCCCAAGUCCCUCAUUCCACUGUCUAAGGAGAUUGAAUCCCUCUCUAGAACUUCUGAAUGUUUCUUACCAGUGGGAGCGUUUCCUGUACGGAAAAGCCAAUGGCUUAACUUCGGGGAGUGCUGGGGCCGCGCUGGCUCUGCUCUGCCUCGGGGAACUUGAGUCUGGAGGACACGGUUUUCUGUGAUGACAACAUGACCCACAGCAAAGGAAGGUCUGUCACCUGCAAGACAAGUGGCAGCCCCGGGAGUGGAGGAGGCUUCGUCAAUUGGACUUUAAAUCUAAACACCAUUCAGUCUGACAAGUUUUUGAACUUACUUCUAAGCAUGGUGCCAGUCAUCUACCAGAAGAACCAGGACGACAGGCAUAAGAAAGCCAAUGGCCUCUGGCAGGACGGGCUGUCAGGCGGAGCCCAGACCUUCAGCAAGAGGUCAGAGCCACAUCUGGACUACCACGAGUUCUCGGAGCAGGCCUUCCAUGGUGGCGGUGGGCAUGUGCCAGCUAGUUGCAGCCCCAAGUACGACGACUACGCCAGCUAUAGCUACUGCGAUGGGAGAGAGGCUACAGAAACCACCGCCAUGCUGCAGGACGAAGAUCUGUCCAGUGAGGGCGAUGAUGUUAUUGUGGAAACAAGCCAGAAGCUCCCGAAGGAGUCCAGCGGGGUCAUGGCUCUGCAGAUUCUCGUGCCAUUCUUGCUGGCUGGGUUUGGAACAGUUUCUGCCGGCAUGGUUUUGGACAUAGUACAGCACUGGGAGGUGUUCAGGAACGUGACGGAAGUGUUCAUCCUAGUCCCUGCGCUGCUUGGCCUCAAAGGGAACCUGGAAAUGACGCUGGCAUCUCGAUUGUCCACCGCAGUGAACGUCGGGAAGAUGGACUCGCCCAUUGAGAAGUGGAAUCUGAUCAUUGGCAACCUGGCUUUAAAGCAGGUCCAGGCCACAGUGGUUGGUUUCUUAGCAGCUGUGGCAGCGAUCGUGCUGGGCUGGAUCCCAGAAGGGAAGUAUUACCUCAGCCAUUCCAUACUUCUGUGCUCCAGCAGCGUGGCCACCGCCUUCAUUGCGUCUCUUCUGCAGGGAAUAAUAAUGGUCGGAGUUAUCGUUGGCUCAAAGAAGACAGGCAUAAACCCUGACAACGUGGCCACACCCAUCGCGGCUAGUUUUGGUGAUCUGAUAACUCUCGCCAUAUUAGCGUGGAUUAGUCAGGGUUUGUACUCCUGCCUGGAGACAUAUUAUUACAUUUCUCCACUAGUUUGUGCCUUUUUCUUGGCUCUGACACCUAUCUGGGUUAUAAUAGCUGCCAAACACCCAGCUACCAGGACUGUGCUCCACUCUGGCUGGGAGCCCGUCAUAACAGCCAUGGUCAUAAGCAGCAUUGGGGGCCUUAUCCUGGACACAACUGUAUCCGACCCGAACUUGGUUGGGAUUGUCGUUUACACGCCGGUUAUCAACGGUAUCGGUGGCAAUUUGGUGGCCAUUCAGGCCAGCAGGAUUUCUACCUACCUCCAUUUACACAGCAUCCCUGGAGAGCUGCCCGAAGAGCCCACAGGGUGUUCCUACCCGUUUAGGACGUUCUUCGGCUCCGGUGUGAACAAUAAGUCUGCCCAAGUUCUUCUGCUCCUGGUGGUUCCCGGCCACUUGAUUUUCCUCUACACGAUUCACCUGAUGAAGAGUGGCCACACCUCUCUGACUGUUGUCUUCGUUGUAGUGUACCUCCUUGCUGCUGUGCUACAGGUGUUCACCCUGCUGUGGAUCGCCGACUGGAUGGUCCAUCGCUUCUGGAGGAAAGGGAAGGACCCGGACAGUUUCUCCAUCCCCUACCUGACGGCACUGGGUGACCUGCUUGGGACAGCUCUGCUGGCCUUAAGUUUCCAUUUUCUCUGGCUUAUUGGAGACCGCGAUGGUGACGUGGGGGACUAACGGGCCCUCGAAGCUGUUGCAGGGUCACCCGGAGGAGAACACGAGGCAGCCACUGCUGCCCUUCCCACCCCCAAAGCUCUUCAUCAGUUGUGUGACUUACGCCAGGGUCGUCUGCAGUUCACCCUGACUCCAUACAUGGCCUUAAUGUACUUUUUAAGGAAUUUGUGCUGGAACCACAAUGAACGGUAUUUGUGCUGCUUUUUGUAGAAUAAAUAAUUUGACACAGACAGAGAUACAAGCUCACACUCUAAAAUCACUUAGGAAAGAAUAUAGGAUGUUUACAAUGAAUUGUUUUCAAACCACAGACCUAGCAGACAUGUACUUUACUAUUAAGUUGUAAUGCAAGGUUAGAGGCCAGGGAGCUUUAGCGGGCUUUGUCUCACGGCUGUGUCCCGCUGCAAAGAUACCAUGACCUGAAGGCACCAGCCGAGCUUGCCCUCCUCCGUGGGAGCUGAGGUUGGCAGUCACCGAUUCCUAAGCUGACUACAUUUGUCCUGCUGAGCAUAACGACAGACUGACUUCUGCUCUUGUUCAGUGCCAGAAACUGCCAGUGUUCGUCUCAUUUCCAUUCUCAACAGGUAACCCCUGAGGUCGAUUUUUACUUUCUGUCUUGGGAGAAGGGGCUGACCGCACUGCCCCAGCAGGCCUUGGACUUGCAGUCCUCUGGCUUCGGUUCUGUCCUCCCGAUUCUAAAGCACUGGGCCUUCGCUCAUUCAUGGGUUGGAAAGCUUUGAUCUGAUUUAGAAAACAGUCCUCAAAGCAGAAGAUGAGUUGAGCUGUGUUUGUGGGCACAAGAUAGUGUGUGUGUGUGUGUGUGUGUGUGUGUGCACGUACGUGCGUGUGUGUGUGUGCACGUUGCGUGCCUGCGAGCAAAUGUGCAUGUGUAUGUAUGCAUAUAUGUGAACGUGUAUGAGUGUGUAGGUAGGCCUGCAUUCCAGAAUGUGUAAGCAUGUGUUUGAGCAUGUGUGAGCAUGUGUGAGCAUGUGUGUGUGUGUGUGUGCACGUGCGUGUGUGCAUGUGCGUGUAUGCAUAUAUGUGAAUGUGUGUGAGUGUGUAGGUAGGCCAGCAUUCCAGAAUGUGUAAGCAUGUGUUUGAGCAUGUGUGAGCAUGUGUGUGUGUGCACGUGCGUGUGUGCAUGUGUGCAUGUGUAUGUAUGCAUAUAUGUGAAUGUGUGUGAGUGUGUAGGUAGGCCUGCAUUCCAGAAUGUGUAAGCAUGUGUUUGAGCAUGUAUGAAUGUGUGUGUGUGUGUGUGUGUGCAUAUGCAAAAAGAGACAGACAACAACCAGAGAAAACGACACAGAGAGACACAAUAAUUGCUUUUUCUACAAUAAGUACCGUUUGAUGUAACGCAGACCUAAGGUUUGGGAAGAGCAGGCAGCCCUGUGGCUCUGUAAGGCACCCUGCCUGUUAGUUGUCCCUCUGAAGGAGAAGUUCUGGCCGACCUCAUUAGCAUCUCAUCAUGGGCUUCAUCUGCAGAGACCAUCUCAAACAUUUUUCUGAAACUCCGGCCAAUAUCCUGUGCACUGGACUGGCACCUGGCUAGUCAGUAGGAAGCUCUUUUAGAUCACUCAGCACUUAAGGAAACCGCAGUGCAAUCUUUAAGACCAUUGAAUAUUUAAUAAUUUAAGCUGCUGAGGGAAUAAAGUCACAUGGCGUUGAUCGUCAUGGUGAGUUUGUGUUGUGUAACUAGCAGGUGGUUUGCUAUGUAUUGAGGAAGUAUUCUUACUCAGUCUUUACGGAGGCUGUGGUUUAGAGUUAUAUAUUUUUGCUCAUUUUUAAACUUCAUUUAAUUCUUCUGCCUUAUCAAACUUUGAAGGCAUAGUUUGAACUAAUUUUGGGACUGCUCCUUUAGAGAGUCACGUCACAGAGUGAACACUAUGAUAAAAUAAGCUUAAAGUUUAUGUUGAUGAAUAUGUAGUUGCAAUGAUUAUUUUAUGUUUUAAGAAAUCGAUACUACCUUUAAUAUUAUUAUAAAGUAUUUGUGAAUUUGGGUUUUGCAUUUGGGCUGUAUGUUCUUUUGUUUCGAGACAGUCUUGCUCGGUAUCCCAGGUGAGGCCUAAACUGGAGCUCCACCUGCCUUAGCCUACUGGGAAUCUUUAACUCACAAAACAUGCAGAGUAAGCCCCAGUGUGAGUGCUGGCCAGCAGUCUUAGGCUGCUGUGCCAUGCAUUCCAAAGCACACGCAAAUGCUGACAGCAUUGUCUUGCUGUGGAUUAAAUGGAGUCUAGAGUCCCCAUCUAUAUUUUAUAGCAGGGUCACGGGGGUGCAGAGUGACAUUUUAAGAUUGCACAGCUGCAGAGUGACCAGAUUGUUCUAGAUCAGUAGACUUUGUUAUGCACAGCUCUGCCCCACCCCCAAAUGCACCAAGAAUAUCCACCUAGGUACCAGAGAGGAAGCCGGCUGGAGAAAGUCCGGGCCAGUGUUACUAGUCUUUCAGACUGCUUGCAGGGACGCCUCCACCUUAUGUGUCUUGGUGGUCAGCACAGCCAACUCUGAGCUAUUCAUGGUCCUAGGGUCAGAGAGACUGCAGAUGAAAUAAUAAAUGCUUUACCUUAUAAAAUAUUUUCCAUCUUGUAAUGAAGACUUUAGACUAAAGAAUAAUGCCUCGUUUCUUUCUUUUUGUUGUUGUUUUGUUUUUAUUUUUCAAGACAGGGUCCUCUCUAUGUAGCCCUGGCUGUCCUGGUACUCAUUUUGUAUCCCAGGCUGCCUCACACUCACAGAGAUCCCCCUGCCUCUGCCUCCUGAGUGCUGGGAUUAAAGGCGUGCACCACCGCCUGGUGAUGCUUCAUUUCCUCUAGCCGCUCAGCACCAACCCUCUUCCUCCACCUCCGGUGUCACAGGACAGUGCACGGCUGAUGCUCAGCCUUUGUCAGAACAGCAGAACCUCUAAGACACACGUAAUGGGCAAAUGAAUUGAAAAGGGAUACACACUUCUUUAAAAAACAAUUGCAGAUCUUUGAAAGUCUUACAAGUUUUAUUUACGCAUAAAAUUUAUUAUCAGUCUUAGGUAAACAGUAUUUUUAUACCACACAAAAUCCUACCUUUCCAAAACUUCUUUCCCACUAAUUUACCAGGCACAUUAUACACAUAGCUUAAAAAAAAUCAUAUUUUUUUAUUCUUGGCCAUCCACCUUUUUUUGAAAUUUCCAGAGUUUCUUAGAAUCUAAUAAAAUAGAAACACAUGAUGUACCUUUGUGGAGACAUCAAACAACCUCACACCAUAAACUGUUCAUGAUGUAGCCAAAUGAGUCCUUUCAAAGUCUCUCAGUGGUGGGGCGUCCCUUCCUUCCCUGCAUCUAAGGUAUAAUUUACCCACUGAUAGUGGUCUCUGGCACCUUGGAACUAUUGUAAACCCAAGUCAGAAUAAAAUGUGAGAAGCCCUA